AUGGCAAAGGGUAAUAGAAAAGGAAAGAAAGAUACCAAAACCACUGGAAGAAAGGAAAAUCGUGUAAAGGAAGAGGAAGAGUUAAAAAAGCUUCAGGAAAGAAUAGAUGAAUAUGACCCCAAGAUAAAUGAAUCACAAAUAUCUCAAUUUAGUGAUCUUCCAAUCUCACAACAAACCCUUCGAGGUUUGAAAGAAGCAAGUUUUGUUUCUAUGACCGAUAUCCAGAAGAAAACUAUACCUAUUGCCUUAAAAGGUGAAGAUGUUAUGGGAACUGCAAGAACCGGAUCUGGAAAAACUUUAGCAUUUUUGGUUCCUACCAUAGAAGCAUUAAUUCGAAAUAAAAUUACUGAAUACGAUGGAUUGGCGGCAUUAAUCGUGUCCCCAACUAGAGAAUUAGCCGUGCAAAUCUUUGAAGUUUUAACUAAAAUUGGGAAGCACAAUACAUUCUCUGCUGGGUUGGUCACUGGUGGGAAAGAUGUUAAAUACGAAAAGGAAAGAGUAUCAAGAAUGAAUAUAUUGGUAGGAACCCCAGGAAGAAUUUCUCAACAUUUGAAUGAAGCAGUUGGGAUGGAAACUUCCAAUUUGCAAGUAUUAGUCUUAGAUGAAGCUGAUAGAUGUUUAGAUAUGGGAUUCAAAAAACAAAUAGAUAACAUUGUUGGUCAUUUACCUCCAACAAGACAAACAUUAUUGUUUUCAGCUACUCAAUCAGAUAAUGUAAAGGAUUUAGCAAGAUUAUCCCUUGCCAAUCCACAAAAAAUUGGUGUUUCCACCGACCAAGAAAUCUCAUCCACUCCAGAAUCUUUGGAUCAGUAUUAUGUUAAUGUUCAAUUGGAUGAAAAAUUGGAUGUUUUAUGGUCAUUCAUUAAAUCACAUUUAAAGAGCAAAAUAUUAGUAUUCUUUUCGUCAUCAAAACAAGUUCAAUAUGCUUAUGAAACAUUCCGUACUUUACAACCUGGUAUUUCAUUAUUGAAACUAUAUGGUCGUCAUAAACAGACUGCUCGUUUAGAAACCACCAUGAAGUUCACCAAGGCACAACAUGUAUGUUUAUUCGCAACUGAUAUCGUAGCAAGAGGGUUAGAUUUCCCUGCUAUUGAUUGGGUAGUGCAAGUCGAUUGUCCAGAAGACGCUGCAACCUAUGUUCAUAGAGUAGGUCGUUCUGCUCGUUUCGGGAGAAAGGGGAAAUCAUUAAUGUUUUUAUUACCAUCUGAAGAAGAAGGAAUGUUGAAAAGAUUAAAGAUUCAUAAAAUUGAACCAAAGAUGAUGAAUAUAAAACAAAAAAGUAAGAAAUCAAUUAGACCACAAUUACAAUCAUUAUGUUUCAAAGACCCAAUAAUUAAGAAUUUAGGUCAAAGAGCAUUCAUUUCAUAUUUCAGAUCUGUAUAUAUCCAAAAGGAUAAGGAUAUUUUCAAAGUUGAAGAAUUACCAGCAGAAUCAUUUGCUGCUUCAUUAGGAUUACCAGGUGCUCCAAAAAUCAAAAUAAAAGGAGAUCCAAAUACAAAAGAGAAGAAGAAUGCUUCAAGAAAAUUAUUGGCCUUAUCUAAAGCCAAUGACGAAGGUGACGAACAACAAGAAGAUAAGAAUAAGGUCAGGACUAAAUAUGAUCGUAUGUUUGAAAGAAAGAACCAAACUAUCUUAUCUGAUCACUUCUUGAAUAUGACAGGUAGCAAAGCCAAUGGAAAAGAAGAAGAUAGCGAUGAUGAUUUUAUGACUGUAAGAAGAAAAGAUCAUGACUUGGCGGAAGAUGAAUUACCCGAUUUAUCCCUUCCUGACUCCAAACGUCAAGCCAAGAAGGCACUUUCAAAGAAGGCUUCACUUGCAUCUAAAGGAAACCCAACUAAAUUGGUCUUUGACGAUGAUGGAGUUGCUCAUGCCAUUUAUGAAUUGGAAGAAGAAGAAGAUUUCAUAAAGGCUGGUGAUGCUAAGAAACAAAAGGAAGAUUUCGUCGCAAAAGAACGUGAAGUAAUGAAGGUGACCGAUCUUGCCGAUAAAGAAACUGAAAAGCAAAAGAGACAGGAGAAGAAGAGAAAGAGAAAGGAUAUCGAAAGAAGAUUGAGAGAAGAUGAGGAUGAAUCUGAUUCAAAUGAGCCAGUGGUUGCUACAUUAGGUGUACCGGAUUUGGAGCGUGAUAUGGAACAGCCUUCCUCAGAUGAAGAGGAGCCUGCAGCUAAGAAACCUAAAUGGUUCGAUAAUGACGAAGAUGAAAAGAAGAAGAAGAAGGCUACCGAGUUCAUCGAAUAUGAUGAAUCUGAGACAUUGGAAGACUUGGAAUCCUUAACAGCAAAAUUAUUGGGAAAUUAA